GCUACGACCACCCCCAACGCUGCCACCACCACCACCACCGUCCCCAUCGUUACGACCACCCCCAACGCUAACACCACCACCACCACCGUCCCCAUCGUUACGACCACCCCCAACGCUACCACCACCACCACCACCGUCCCCAUCGCUACAACGACCCCCACCACCACCACCACCACCACCGUCCCCAUCGCUACGACCACCCCCAAUGCUACCACCACCACCACCGUCCCCAUCCCUACGACCACCCCCAACGCUACCACCACCUCCACCGUCCCCAUCGCUACGACCACCCCCAACGCUACCACCACCACCACCACCGUCCCCAUCGUUACGACCACCCCCAACGCUACCACCACCACCACCACCGUCCCCAUCGCUACGACCACCCCCACCACCACCGUCCCCAUCGUUACGACCACCCCCAAUGCUACCACCACCACCACCACCGUCCCCAUUGUUACGACCACCCCCAACGCUACCACCACCACCACCACCGUCCCCAUCGUUACAACCACCCCCAACGCUACCACCACCACCGUCCCCAUCGUUACGACCACCCCCAACGCUACCACCACCACCACCACCGUCCCCAUCGCUACGACCACCCCCAACACUACCACCACCACCACCGUCCCCAUCGCUACGACCACCCCCAACACUACCACCACCACCACCGUCCCCAUCGCUACGACCACCCCCAACGCUACCACCACCACCACCACCGUCCCCAUCGUUACGACCACCCCCAACGCUACCACCACCACCACCACCGUCCCCAUCGUUACGACCACCCCCAACGCUACCACCACCACCACCACCGUCCCCAUUGCUACGACCACCCCCAACGCUGCCACCACCACCACCACCGUCCCCAUUGCUACGACCACCCCCAACGCUACCACCACCACCACCACUGUCCCCAUCGUUACGACCACCCCCAACGCUACCACCACCACCACCGUCCCCAUCGUUACGACCACCCCCAACGCUACCACCACCACCACCGUCCCCAUCGUUACGACCACCCCCAACGCUACCACCACCACCACCGUCCCCAGCGUUACGACCACGCCCAACGCUACCACCACCACCACCACCGUCCCCAUCGCUACGACCACCCCCAACGCUACCACCACCACCACCACCGUCCCCAUCGCUUCCACCACCCCCAACGCUACCACCACCACCACCACCGUCCCCAUCGCUACAACGACCCCCACCACCACCGUCCCCAUCGUUACGACCACCCCCAACGCUACCACCAACACAACCACCGUCCCCAUCGCUACGACCACCCCCAACGCUAACACCACCACCACUGUCCCCAUCGCUACCACCACCACCACCGUCCCCAUCGUUACGACCACCCCCAACGCUACCACCACCACCACCGUCCCCAACGUUACGACCACGCCCAACGCUACCACCACCACCACCACCGUCCCCAUCGCUACGACCACCCCCAACGCUAAAACCACCACCACCACCGUCCCCAUCGUUACGACCACCCCCAACGCUAACACCACCACCACCACCGUCCCCAUCGUUACGACCACCCCCAACACCACCACCACCACCGUCCCCAUCGUUACGACCACCCCCAACACCACCCCCACCACCGUCCCCAUCGUUACGACCACCCCCAACACCACCACCACCACCGUCCCCAUCGUUACCACCACCCCCAACGCUACCACCACCACCACCACUGUCACCAUCGUUACGACCACCCCCAACGCUACCACCACCACCACCGUCCCCAUCGUUACGACCACCCCCAACGCUACCACCACCACCACCACCUUCCCCAUCGCUACGACCACCCCCAACGCUACCACCACCACCACCGUCCCCAUCGCUACAACGACCCCCACCACCACCACCACCACCACCGUCCCCAUCGCUACGACCACCCCCAACGCUACCACCACCACCACCGUCCCCAUCCCUACGACCACCCCCAACGCUACCACCACCACCACCGUCCCCAUCGCUACGACCACCCCCAACGCUACCACCACCACCACCACCGUCCCCAUCGUUACGACCACCCCCAACGCUACCACCACCACCACCACCGUCCCCAUGGCUACGACCACCCCCAACGCUACCACCACCACCACCACCGUCCCCAUCGUUACGACCACCCCCAACGCUACCACCACCACCACCACCGUCCCCAUCGCUACGACCACCCCCAACGCUACCACCACCACC